AUGGCGAUGCGCAUGGCAGCAGCAGCAGCAGCAGCGGGGACUUUGACCCGUCGAGCCACGGUGGCUCGACGGGCCUUGGGUUCCUCCUGGUUUUCCCGUCUUGCACAGCAGGCCAAGGUGUCAGUGGCACUAUCUCAGCGUGCCUGCUUGAGCCUCAGUACCGAACAGGAGGCAAAACUCGAAUCCCUGGCCGAGCGGGCAGAGCAUUUCGUCACCACUUCUUGUGCUCUGAAUUAUCCUCUCUCUCCACCGCGCCCCACCACUCAGACUCGCUCGCCCCUAGGCAAUCAGUUUGAUGAGGCCAUCAUGGCCUACAAUGAAGCCAUGGCGAUUGAACGCCGCUCCGAUCUGGUUUACAAUGCCGCCGUGGUCAACUUGAUGAAGCGCAACCUGCAAGAUGCCAAGGCGUUGCUUAUUGAGAGCAUCGAGCGCAACCCCAGCAGUGCAGAAGCCCACAACAACCUGGGUUGCCUCUAUGCUGAGCUAGGCCAAGCAGACAAGGCCCGCACUCAUUUGAAGAAGGCGCUUCAGCUCAUGCCCCAGGACGCCAGCACUGCCAUGAACCUUGCACUGAUUUGUGAUAAGCUCGGUCACCUGGAAGACGCUCGCCACUACUACAAAUCCGCCAUUGCUCUGGAUCCUCGCAUGCCACGGGAACCUCUUCGCAACAUCGAGGCCAAGCUUUUAGCCCAGCGCUCCGCCGCCAGUUUGUUAUCAUCCUGGUGGUGA